UGAAGAGAGAAGCUCUAAACAGAAGAAGAGAUGUUUUACUCUGGAUUACGGCUCUUCUGAUGCUCAUAUUUGCUGCUGUUCAUCUCAUUUACUGCACUGGAAACACUUUCAAGAGUUCAGAUCCUGCAAGAGUCCGGCGAGACGUCGAUAAUGUGACCGACUGUAUUCCACCACAAUCCUCUGAAUUCCCUGAGGGGUUCUUCACUCUUCAGGAGAGGAAAGAUGGAGGACUUGUCAUAUAUUUCAUGCUGAUCUUUUACAUGCUUCUGGCUGUUUCUAUAGUGUGUGACGAGUAUUUUCUGCCGUCUCUUGAGGUCAUCAGUGAGCGUCUCGGGCUUUCUCAGGAUGUUGCUGGAGCCACUUUCAUGGCGGCUGGAAGUUCUGCACCUGAACUUGUGACUGCGUUUCUGGGUGUUUUUGUGACAAAAGGAGACAUUGGUGUGAGCACAAUCAUGGGUUCAGCUGUCUAUAACCUCCUGUGUAUCUGUGGAGCGUGUGGACUCUUAACCUCUGCGGUGUCUCAUCUGACGUGUUGGCCGUUGUUCAGGGAUUGUGCGGCGUAUACUGUGAGUGUGGUGGCAGUGAUCGGCAUCAUCUCUGAUAACAGAGUUUACUGGUAUGACGGAGCGUGUCUUCUGCUGGUGUAUGGUGUUUAUGUGGUGGUGUUGUGUUUUGAUCUGAGGAUCAGUGAGUAUGUGAUGCAGAGGUUCAGUCCGUGUUGUUCGUGUCUUCAGAAGAAUUCACAGGACUGUAGUGAAGAGCGGCCGCUCGUGGGCUGGAGCGAUGACGGUGACGUCCCAACGCAGCGGAGAUCUCGAGCGGACAGCGGAAUCUUUCAGGAGGAUUCAGGAUAUUCUCACCUGUCUCUCAGCCUCCACGGCCUGAAUGAAAUCAACUCAGAACAGAAGAGUGUGUUCCGGAUGCCGGAUCACGAUAUGAAGCGGAUCCUCUGGGUUCUGUCUCUGCCCGCUCUCGUUCUCUUGUAUCUGACCAUCCCUGACUGCAGGAGACGCUACUGGAAGAAAUGGUAUAUGAUCACCUUCCUGAUGUCUGCUGUCUGGAUCUCUGGAUUCACAUAUGUUCUGGUGUGGAUGGUCACUGUCAUCGGUGAGACGCUGGGGAUUCCUGACACAGUUAUGGGAAUGACUCUUCUGGCAGCGGGAACGAGUAUCCCGGACACUAUAGCAAGUGUUAUGGUGGCUCGCGAAGGCAAAGGUGACAUGGCCAUGUCGAACAUCGUGGGCUCAAAUGUUUUUGAUAUGUUAUGUUUGGGACUGCCGUGGUUCAUUAAGACGGUGUUUGUGGAGACGGGGUCACCGGUGGAGGUGAACAGCAACGGUCUGCUCUUCAUGUCCUGUACUCUUCUCCUCUCCAUCGUCUUUCUCUUCUCGGCCGUUUACAUUAACGGAUGGAAGUUGGACUGGAAGCUGGGUGUGGUGUGUCUGAUCUGUUAUAUUCUGUUUGCCACUUUAUCAAUCCUCUAUGAACUCGGGAUCAUUGGAAAUAAUCCCAUCCGGGCCUGUGGUGACUGA